CAUCUCCCCGCCCCGGAAGGAGGCCAUCUUGGCAGCAAAAUUCCCACGCUUUUUCUUCUGGUUCCCAUGAUUUGGAACCAGUAGAAAAUAGUGAUGGGAAUGAGGAAGUACACCUCUCUGCAGCGCCAGUCACCUACAGAAGGACACGGGGGGGUGACAUUCAAAAAGCUAAUUGGCAUCCUUUUUCUCAAAACAUUAUUAGAAAGCUCUGUAAGGCGCACAAGGAAUUUGGCAGAGAGAGUCAAUACUUCCGGGGCCUCCUAACAGCAGAUUUAGCAGGGGUCACAGUAAUCCCUGCAGACUUAAGACAGCUUUUUGCUUGCUUAAUGAACGGCACAGAGUUCACCCUCUGGGAAGCCGCCUUUAAGCAAGCACUGCGGGAAGCCAUUCCAACAUUGCCAUUCCCGGCAAUUGACGAGCAGGGGAACCCUCUCUCUGUUGAGUUACUCAGUGGAGAGGGCUCUUUUAGUUCCCCCGAUGCCCAAGCCAUUUUAAUUCCUCCAUCAGUAUUAUCAGUUGUCAAAGACAUUGCAUGUAAGCCAUUUCUUACAUUACAGCCACACGCACCUCUACCACCUUUCACCACCAUUAAGCAGGGACCUUCAGAGCCUUUUGUAGAUUUUGUUGAGAAACUUUCUAGGGCUCUAGAAGUGCAGGUGCCAGACGAGAGUGCAAGGGUGAAGAUCAGGGAAAACCUUGUUUUUGUUAAUGCUAAUUAUUUGUGUAAACAAGCUAUUCUGAGUCUUCCCUUAGACCCUCCACGCACUCUUCAAUCAAUGUUACAAGUCUGUCAAAUGAAGGUCCCAUUCCUCGCGCGUCAAAAUCCACCUGCUCCAGUUCCACCUGCAAUUCCUGCGAGGUCUGUGCGUGUGGCAGAACACCCCACUCAUCGUUCACAACCGCAACACCGCCCUGCUCGUCGCGGAUGCUGUUUUCUCUGCAAAGAAGAGGGGCAUUUCGCGCACGAAUGCCCCAACAGACCUAAAGGGAGAAGGACGCCAGCUACACCACCAGGAACACCGCAGCCCUCCCGCAGCGACCAAAAAAACUGAAGGGGGAGCGCGGGUCCGCCCGGCGUGAUGACCCCAACAGGGUGGACCACAAUGGGGGAGAUGUUUUUGGGGGUCGUUGGACUGACACAAAUAUACCGGACUGGACACUUUUGAAUCCUGCUCGAGACUCAGCUAAACCUGUGCUAACCACCUCUUCUCUCUUUGAACCUUACAGGUUACACCUCACUAGGAGCCUCCACCUACGGGACAGGGAUUGGCAUCAGGUCACCUUAAAUCCAAAGGAGCUGAAAGACUGGCCACUGGCGAAGGAAGUUUGUUUUAUAGGUCCUGCCCACCCAGACCAACUAUGCAGACCAUACAUUUCAUCAUCGUAAUCAUCAGCCUCCUGACAACCAGUCAAGCCUGGCUUGUGCCACAGCCCGAUGCGAAUGUGUGGACCACGCUGGCGCGGUCCUUAGGCCAGGAUCACAUCUGCCUAAACCAGGCCAGUGCCUCGGACCCGAUCUCCUCCUGCCUCGUGGGGAUCCCUUUUCAAAAACAUGAAUUGCCCAAGAAGCUGCUUUAUUAUGCCCGCCGUUUAGAUAAUAUUAAGCCCCGUGUGAGUCCUUUUAUUAGUUGGAGGAAUUUCUUUUUCCGUUUAGAAAAUUCAAAAGAUGAACCCCAGGAGCUGGAACUCCUUGGUUCAGCCAAAGCCCGGUUUUGCAUCCACUUCACCAAUGAGGCAAAUGCCCUUAACCCCAAGACAAAAAAGGUAGUUCAGUCAAAUUCCCUAUAUCACGCUAGAUCGUGGUGUCAGGGAAUGGCCAAAGGAGCACUCCCCCCUCAAGUUUACCAUAACCCCAAAAAAUUGCCAAAAGGUGUUUUUUUGAUUUGCGGGACCCAUACUUGGGCAGGCAUCCCCUCUCACCUUUCAGGAGGUCCGUGCACCUUAGGGAAAUUGGGACUGUUUUCACCUAACAAAACCCAAAUUAUGGAUUGGAAGCAAAAGAAAAACGGUGCACAUAAAUCGGCUAUUUCUAAAAGAGAUUUGAAGAAUUUGGACCCAAACUGCGAUUCGGAAAUUGUACAUUGGAGUAAGUCUAAAGGAGUCGCAGUUACUAUAUUUGCCCCCUGGGUUUCAAUUGCCAAGAAUAUGGGGGAAUUGGCUCACCUAGAGUGUUGGGUGGCCAAACAGUCAAAGUUGACUUCCAAGGCCCUAUAUAACCUCCUGCAAGAUGAGGAUUUAACGAGGCAGGCCACCCUCCAAAAUCGGGCGGCCAUAGAUUACCUCUUGCUCCUCCACGGGCAUACCUGUGAGGAGUUCGAGGGUCUAUGUUGUUUUAACUUGUCGAGCCGGGCCGAGGACACUAAGCAGAUCUUGCGACAGAUGCAAGAUAUGGUUGGGCAGAUAAAAAAAGAAACAUCAGACUGGUUAACUAACAUCUUCAGUGGCUGGGGGCUCUCUGGGUGGUUAGGAUCCAUCUUAAGGACCAUUUUGUUAUUUAUGUUCAUCAUUUUAUUAAUCCUGGUGGCCUUCGGACUAAUUAGAAAGAUGAUGUUUAAAUUGAUUUCCAGUGCCACUUCUUCCCCCUCUCCAGAAGUUAAUUACACAGCGGUGUCAGAUGACCCUGAAGAAAUGGACUUAGAAAGCUCCGAAGGCUAUCCGGAGUCCGAAUACCUUCCUGACCCACCGCAGCCUUUUUCAUCUUAAUUAAAAGAAAAGGGGGAGAUGUGGCAGUGUAUGUUUUUUGAGUUUACUGUUUUAUGUAAGAUUUAGUUGUCUGUAAAGGUUCAGUUCUAUGUAUCUCUACCUUCCCCCCCUAAUUAAUAUUCCUUUGUCCCUCUCCUCCAUCACGAGGUGUCUGCACCUGUUCCCUUCGGUUAAUUGUCCGUUAUCUUUCCCGCCUUGAGUUUUCCCCUCCCAGUUAUCUUUAAUUGGUCCGAAGCACCCUUUUCCCCUCUGUUCUCCCUAGAGACUGUAAACCAUUGGCUGGAGGCGGCGAACCUCACCCCCUUCUCCCCACCUUCUCGGCUCCCCUUAAAACCCUGUGUUGAUUCAAAGUCUGGGUCCACAAACGGCUCAGAGUUGAGUUAAUAAACUCUCUGCUGCUCUGUUUGCGGAUCCUCCUUUCCUUCCUCUGCCUAGCCGCUCUUACACCCCCUCAUAAGUUCCUACGGGGUUUUGCACAUGUCGGAGCCGCUUCGCCGUCAUAGCGUGCGGGCUGGCUUCGGAGUUGCGCCUUGUCCCGGUGCUUGGGCUGGCUCGGGGCGACCCCCAGUGGUUCUUUUGAGGCACCGCGGCAGUAAAGUGAGACUGCUUGGGGCAAAAGGGAGGGGCUCUUUCAGUGACUGAGGCAGGUACUUCUGGACUGCCAUCCAAGUUCAUUGUCACAUUUUUUACAGCUCCGACUAAAGCUUUUUAGGCCACCGCAUCAGGUGGGGGGGUUGAAUAUGGAAUAACAGCUUUAAAAGGGGCUCUUAGGGCAAUGGGUUGUUGUACUGACAAUCCUGAAAAAGAAAAACCCCAUUCCAUCUGGAAAGGAUCUGUAGGAUAAGUAGGACCAAGUGUUUGGUGGGCAGUUGCCUCAAAAAUUAACAAUUUUAAAGCCUUCUGAUGAGAAUCACCCCAUUCCCAAAUUUUUCCUUUUCUCAGCAAGCUGUAAAGAGGUCUGGCAAUUAUAGCAAAAUCAGGGAUGUGUUUAUUCGAAAGCACUAGUAAUUCUGAAACUUGUUGCAGUUCAUUCGUAGAUUCUGGCAUUUUAAUUUGAAGGAGGUUAUCACAUGCAGGUCAUGCUUCUUUUCCAUCAAAGUCCCAGAAAUUUUACUUUCAGGGGAAAUUUGUAGAUCAAAGCUUUUGAAGUUGGAGAUUAUUUUCUCUUGGGGAUCUUCCACUUCUAUUUCAUCCCUACCCACAAAACUAUCAUUGAUGCAUUGGUAAACAGCUACAUUGUCAGCUAUGAGUAUUUUUUCUAACUCUUGGGCCAAAGCAGGGUGGGCAAGGGUGGGAGAAUGUCGGUUCCCUUGAGAAGGAAGGCUUUGCUUUGGCUUGUUGCCUGGGUGCUGAGAGGGGGAGGGUGGGGGGGGUUGGAUUGUUAGAUUGUUUCUGGGCUCACUGCCCAGAUUCUCAGAAGAAAGGUGUGUAAUUUGCUGUGACUUUUUAGGGUGGGGUUGCCCUGGCAAAUUUGGGUUUUGUUUGGGGACCCCUUUUUUAAUAUCUAAUAGCAACAAGUGUUGGCGGCUAGUGAUCUGUUUUCUUUUCUCUGGUUUUUCAUUACUAGGAGUUUUAACAUAGUUGGUCAAUUCUACUGCAAUUUCACUCAAUACACAGACAUUAC